AUGAUGUCGGUCAUCGUGCGCGUGGCCGGCCUGUUCGGACUGAUGGUGUCGGAGCCAAAGACGGAGAUCAUGUGCAUGCUGCCAAAAGGGAUCGAGGAACACCCGUUCACGGUCAGCGCCGCCGGCCAGACGUACAAGCAGACAGAUCGGUUUGUGUACCUCGGACGUACCAUCUCCGCGGACGGGAAGGCCGACCGGGAGAUCACGAGCCGCAGCUGCCGGGCGUGGAAAUGCUACCGCAGGAACAGUGCUUCGAUGUACGACAGGCGACGGGCCGGUCGCCAGCUCAAGAUCCGGCUACUCCAGGCUGAAGCGGUGGAGACUCUCCUGUGUGGGUGCGCCUCAUGGAGCCUAGCAGCGGAGCACUACACGAAGCUCAAUGGGACCCACCGCCAGUUCCUCACACGGUGCAUCGGCUGGAGCAAGCGGAAACGCUCCGACCGCCCCCUGUCCUAUGCCCAGGCCCUCAUCCAGGCAGGCUGCGAGGAAACCAUCGAGGCCACCGUGCGCAAACGGAGACUGUGUUUCGCGGGCUUCGUCAUGCGCAUGGAGGACAGCCGCCUCCCCAAGCGCAUGCUGUUAGGAGCGAUGGCGGGGGGCGUGGGAUACCGGGGAGGGCAGGAGAGCGACUGGGUAUCCUGUGUAGGAGAGGACCUCGUGGCUUCAGCUUGGGAGACGAAAAGCAAGGGGGUAAAUGGAAAGAGAGCGCCAAGGACUCGGAGGUGGUAG